UCACCGGACUUGAUAAAGAGGAAAAUAAAAAUGAAUGCAAAGUCGUGGAAGGAAAUUAACAUCAUGGCCUUGUUCUUAACUUAUUAUUAUUGUUAUAGUUGAAUUAGUAUCUAUAAAUACAAUUACAAGUUGCACUUCUUAUUGAUUACUGAUUUCAAAAAAGUUAGAAAGAAAAAUCAAAUGGGAAGACAGAAUAAGAGUAGCAAUGCGUCAUGUGAAGGUAAACAACACUUUAGCCAUCCUCACAUUUUGAAACCAAUUGUGAAUCGUCAUGAAACACUCACUUGCAAUGCCUGUGAGCAACCAAAUAACAAUAAGCCUAAUUUCCGUGGAUGCAACAGUUGCCAGUAUUUCCUCCACGAUAACUGCUUCGAUGCUCCGCGUUUUCUCAAUCACGCGUCUCAUCCUUCCCACCCCUUGACCCUUCACCAAAUCCCGUCUUACUCGAGUCGUACCUACACUUGCAAGGCUUGUAACUCUGCUGGGAAUGCGUUUUGCUUCAGCUGUGCUGCUUGUGAAUUUGAUAUCCACUUGCAAUGUGCAUCUUGUCCGAGUUCGAUACUUGUUGACAAACACCCACAUCAACUGGGGCUCCAUUUCGGCUCCCCAUAUGAAGAUAAGAAUAUGGAAUAUGUUUGUGAUAUCUGCAACGAAAUAAUGAACAAGAACGAUUGGUUGUACUAUUGUGCUGGGUGUGAUUUCGGGUCACACUUGCGGUGUGCCAUAACUAGUCCUGAAGUCGGUGUUUUCCCGGAACAACACCGUCCAAGUCCAAAUCCAUAUUCAAAUUCAAAUCUAAAUCCAAAUCCAAAUGCAGCUGUGGAAAUGAUAAAUUCAGUGAAUGCUGCUCAUGAGCGGCUUAUAGCAGCUCAAAUUCGGGCACAGUUUGCGGCACGAGGACAAGAGGCUGCUCUGGACUUAAUCUAGGCAUACAAUUUACAUAUAUCUAAUGCUUCCGCUUUGGCCUUCUUCUGUUUUUAUUGCUAAAUAAAUGCUUUAUUGUUGUUAUCAUGUUAUUUCUCUUUCAGAUUUGUAUCAUUAAUUAUCAAGUUACUCCAUUUUUUGUUUUGGAUUC